GAUUGCGUCGGACCGUCUCCUUACGCGGCAGCGGCUUCGUUUGCUGGACUGGUCUGUUGAGCAUGCAGAAGAGGUGAUGUGCCGGACAGGUUGUGAGAGGGACCAGGUCUCAGAGUACCACUUCGCUGAGUAUGCAGACCACCGCUACUUGUCGGGCCCACCCCAAGAGGUGCUGGUGCCAUACAGAG